AAAUAUUAGCCACACAAUACUCAUACCAUUUUUCAGUAACUAUCUCUAAACCACUCAUUAAUCUCUACUUCUUCUUCAUUUUUCCGAUUCUUUUUUCUUGCAAACAAACAGAGUGAGAAUGGAAGUGAUUAACAGAUAUGUAGUAAUUAAGUCGCACAUUAAUGGCACGCCUGAAGAGAGCGAUUUUGAGCUCAAAUCUGAAAUUAUUUCUAUGGUACUUGAGUCAGGAUCUAAUGAUCUUAUUAUUAAGAAUCUUUACGUUUCCAUUGAUCCUUACCAGCUUAAUCGGAUGAAGAGUCAGAGUUCGUCGCAGAAGCAAUCCAGUUUUGCAGCUGCAAUUAAUCCUGGAGAGGUUAUUGAUGCCUAUGGAGUAGCAAAAGUUGUAGUUUCUGGAAAUCCUGAGUUUAAGAAAGAUGAGUUGGUUAUAGGAGUCAUUACAUGGGGAGAAUAUUGUGUCAUUAAACCUGGUGCCAUGAUUCGGAAACUUGAUCCCAUGGGCUUUCCUUUGUCCCACCAUGUGGGCAUUUUAGGAUUUAGUGGACUGACAGCGUACGCGGGGUUAUUUGAUGUGUGCAAACCAAAGAAAGGGGAGAAAGUGUUUGUAUCGACUGCUUUAGGAUCAGUCGGAAAUUUAGUCGGACAGUAUGCCAAACUCUUUGGUUGCUAUGUUGUUGGCUGCGCCGGAACCAAAGAAAAGGUAACAAUGCUGAAAGAGAAGCUUGGCUUUGAUGAUGCAUUCAACUACAAAGAAGAAACGGAUUUAAAAGCAACUCUCAACAGGUAUUUUCCUGAUGGAAUCGACAUAUAUUUUGACAACGUUGGUGGCGAAAUGCAAGAAGCAGCAGUAGCAAACAUGAAUGCAUUCGGUAGAGUAGCAGUGUGCGGUGUGAUAUCCGAGUACACAAGUGGCGGAAGAAAGGCUGCACCUGAUAUGAUAGAUAUUGUGUACAAAAGAAUCAAAAUUCAAGGCUUUUUAGCUUCCGAUUUCAUGAAUUUAUAUGCAGAUUUCGUUUCCAAGACUUGUGAUUAUCUCCGGGCCGGAAAAUUGCAUGUUCUUGAAGAUAUCUCCACUACUGGUGUCGACAGCAUUCCUUCUUCGCUGAUUGGACUUUUUAAAGGUCAUAAUAUUGGGAAGAAAAUGGUUCAAUUAGCCCAAGAGUAGUAGAUUUCUACAAUUUGUAUUUGAAAGUCCAAUAAGUCUCUUUUAACUUUUAGAUCAAAAAUUUGUAUUUCGGGGCUAAGUAUUUUUUAAUAUGUCUACGAACAAAGGGUUAAGGCGCCCCCUAAACUUAUGAUACGGAUUCAUCUAAUCCAAUUUAUACUUUUUUGAUCAACUAA